CAUGAACAUACAGACAGACAAGGGGAGAUAAUGGUGCCCAGCUACUCUUAGGAACUGAAGAGAGCUUAGCUGUCCAUGUUUUCACUGCCAGACACUCUCUGUCUUUGCUAACAGAGAGCAGUGGAACUUGUGCUCGCUCUUGAAAGAGGUUCCAAGUUUUUUUUCAUUCAUCUACUUCAUCUGAGGUUUUUCAAACAUGGGGUGCUCCUCAUCCAGUGCACAGACUGUUGAUCAAGAGAAAAGACCAGGCACCAAGCCAGAGGAGAGCAAUGGAGAAACAGUGGCAGUCAGGAACGGCAUCAUUGCAGAGGAUGCAGAAACCAUCGAGGACCAGAUGCAGCUGCCUGUGCAGAGUGCCUUACCAGAUGAUCUUCAACCAGGAGCUGAUGAAGAGGCGGAGGCUGUGUUAGUGGCCCUGGAGGCUCAGGAGGAUCUUGGCUCUGGGGAGGACCUCCUGUCUGCUCCUGAACCAAAGCAAGAACCUGUCGCCCCUGAAGAAUCUGCUCCAGCUGCUGCUCCAGCAGAAGCUGCUACUGAACCUGAGGCUGCUGUAGUGGCGGCGGAGGCAGUACCCCCUGUGGAGGAAGUUGCCCCUGUAGAAACUGCAGUGGCUGAGGCUCCUCCUGAGGUCAAAGCCCCUGUUGAGGCUACAGAUGAGGUGCCUGCUGUGGAACCUGUUGUACCAGUGCAGGCAGAGGCCCCUGCUGUUGUUGAGGAGGCAGCUGAGGCCUUGCCUGAAGUUGCCACCCCUGCUGUUGAGCCUGUUGUAGCAGAGUCUGCAGAGGCCCCAGUGGUUGUAGAGGAACCAGCAGCUGCUGAAGUGGCUGCUCCUGUGGAAGCAGAGGUUCCAGCUGACAAUGCUGCACACCGGUUGAAUCUGCAGCACCAGUUGAAUCUGCAGCACCAGUUGAAGCUGCAGCACCAAUUGAAGCUGUAG